AUGGCGGCGGCGGCGGCGGCGGGCGGGGCGAGCCGCGGGCUCUGGGGGCGCCUGGGGGACACCCGGCUCGCUCUGUGGCUCCGCGCCCUCCUCCGCGAUUACUCCUCGUCGCUGCGCGAAGCCGCCUCCUCCGCCCGCCGCCGCCCCGGUGUCACGGCCGCCUCCCUGGCCGCUCUGGCUCUCGCCACCGGCCUGGCCCGCUCGGUACCGGACCGGAGCUCCCUGGAGGGCGCGGCCGUGGCGGCGGGGGCGCUCCUGGGGCAGCUCCCGCCGGGCUCCCGCAGCCCCCGGGCCGAGCGCCACGUGCAGCGGCUGCUGCGGCUGCGGGAGCGGCACCGGAUCCGCGUCCGCAACUUCGGCAUCGUGGCCGUGGCCGGUACGGACCCGCACGGCUCCGAGCCCGCGCUGUACCGGGCGCGCUGCCCGCACCUGCGGCCGCGGCCGUGGGACCGCGAGUUCCUGCUGGAUUUGGGGUUUUUGGGGCGCUGGUGGCUGCUGGAGGCGGCGCUGCGGGACUGCGACAUCAACGAGGAGGAGUUCGGGAAGCUGCCGGAGGCGCUGCGGAGGAUGGAGCCCGGAGAGCUCCGCUCCGAGCGGAACGAGCGCCUGCACCGGGAGAGGCUCCGCGCCGUGGUGCUGAGCGAGGCCGACAUCGGGGAUGGGGAGGGGGAGGCGAAAUCGCGGGGUUUGGGGUGAAAAGGGCUGGGUUUG